CCUCUGAACACGAAUGUACCCCGAAUAUACUUCAAUGACAUCUAAAAGGGCCAGUGAGACCCACUAAUUAAAUAUUCAAUAUUCUUUAAAAAAAUCCAAGAGCCCCCUCGACUCCCACAAAUAACGAAACGAAAAAACAAUUCAUUUCCUGACGCGCAGGUGGCGUGGCACUUUCAAAACAUUAAAACACCCGUCAGUCUCUAUUGAUCAGGCCACCAGGAGCACGUGGUAAACCCAAUACAUUUCGCUUUCAUCAUUAAUUAACAUCUUCAAAUUCCAUAAAAAUGAAGCUCAAAAAUCUUCGGAAGAAUCCCUUCAGUGUUUCCAAGUCAAAAGACGAUGAAGUUGAAGUUAAAGAAGAAAAUACGGAUGAGAGGCAAGUGGAAGAGGUUAGUUUCCCACAGGAUACGAAUUUCAAUCACAUAAAAUGCAAAGCUGUGAGGCAAAUGAAGGUUCAAAAGAUGAUGAAAGCCAAGGCGAAGGCCAAGAAAGAAAUGAAGAAAGCUAGAAUUCAGUCUGGUGCUCCAAAACAAGUGCCCCAUACAAUUGAGAGUCUUCGUGAGAAAGACGAGACCACAAUCAGUGGAGAUCUUGAUGACGAGGAGAAUGCGGAGAUCAAAGCAGAAUUGAUGAAUGAUGAAUUUGCUGCCUAUUACAGAAAGGAUUAUGAACCGAAAGUACUGAUUACGUAUUGUGAUAAUCCAACGAGAAAAACGCGAAUUUUUGGGCGAGAACUCACUCGUAUUAUUCCCAAUUCGCUCUCGCUGUAUCGGAAUCGUUCGGGUGUCAAGAAAAUGGUGAAAUCUGCGACUGCGAGGGGGUUCACUGAUAUUAUCGUCAUCAAUGAGGACCAGUGCCAACCCAAUGGUAUGUUGGUGGUUCACUUACCGGACGGACCAACAGCCCAAUUCAAGUUGAGUAAUGUUAAGAUAACUCCAGAGUUGAAGAGAAGCCACAAAGAAAUUACCGAGCACAGGCCUGAAGUUAUACUGAACAAUUUUACGACACGAUUGGGUUUCACUAUUGGACGUAUGCUUGGAGCUCUCUUUCAUUAUCAACCAGAGUUCAAGGGACGCAGGGCUGUUACCUUCCACAAUCAGCGUGAUUAUAUUUUCUUCAGACAUCACAGAUACGAAUUCAAUCUGAAAACUGGUAAACCAAGGUUGAGAGAAUUGGGACCUCGAUUUACAUUGCGCCUCAAAUCCCUCCAGCAUGGGACAUUUGACAGCAAAUAUGGAGAAUACGAAUGGAUAAUCCAGGGUAAACGUCAUGCAAUGGAGACGAGCAGAAGGAAAUUCUUCUUGUAAAAUGGAAAAAAUACUUGGUUCUCAUUUUUUGAAUAAAGAAUUUCUUC